ACACAUACAUAUAUGAUAUGGGUGGGGUGAACACUGACUAAGGAUAAAUAAUGCUUAUCCAGUCUGUGCCACGUCUAUCCACUAAUCUUUAGAAAUAAAUAAAUAAACGCAAUUGACGACGGAUUAACCGUCAAAAAUAUAAAUAUCUGGCGAGUUUAACAAACAAACACAGUUGCCAAUACAAUCGUUUAAUUCUAUCGUAUACCGGAUCCCGGCUCGCGAAACUAUUUAAAGUCUUAAAGAAGAAUCUUCCGGUUUUCUCCAAUAUUUUUCCUAACGGUUCCGUGAGGAAAAGAAAAAAAGAAAAAGAAAAAUAGAACAACAGGAGCAAGAAGACGGAAAUGGUUAAUUGGUCAGAAAUGUUAAAUUUCAAAUUUAUUAAAAAAGACAGAGACAAUGAGCCAGAAAAUAUAUCAGACCAUGUACAAGAAAGUCCAAUUGAAAGUAAAGACAAAUACAAUAAAUGGAAAGAAUCCUUUGUAAGCAUGAUAAAUGAUGAGGAAGGUUUCAGUAUAUUUCGAGAAUACCUUUCUUCUCAAUACUGUGAUGAAAACUUAGAUUUCUGGAAAGCAGUUGAAGACUUCCGAGUCGAACCUGAUGACACCCAAAUUCGUGCCCGAGCUGGAGCCAUUUAUAAAAGAUUCAUCAUGAAGGGAGCACCACGUUGUAUAAAUUUGCGCUCAAAAAGUCGUGAAAAACUUGGUGAACAGUUGAAAGGCCCAAUUACCCGAAAUUUCUUCGAUGAAAUGCAGAAAGAAAUUGUAGAAGUCAUGCAUAGGGACCCUUAUCAGAGGUUCUUGAGAUCGGAUUAUUAUCGAAACUUAUGUACAUAGAUUCAUAUGAAGAUGGUUGGAGGGGAGGGGGAGCCUUACUAAUGUCACCACAACUGCCAUUGUCAUCACCAGUUAACACUACCAUCACCAGUUACUAUCACUACAACUAUUGCCUCCAACACAAACACUAUAAACCAACAAAAGAUCCUCCAUGUGGUAUAUCAAAAUGCUAGAAAUAGCAGCUUAAUUUCUCUAAAUUCCCCAUAGCCAUAAGAAAGGGACGGCACAUUUGACAAUGUAGCCUUAGGUGCACAAUGCCUGAAAACAAAAUUGAAUGAUUAUGGCUGGAACACCUUUUGAUCAUUAUUCUGCUCAACUGUAACUGACAUAGAGCUAAAAACAACUCUGUUACUAUUACUAUGAUUGCCACUCCCAAUAUGACCUCUACCACUUCUCUACUGUCAACCAGUCAAAAUAUUCUAAAUACAACUACCAAAACUACUCUAAUUCAAUAACAAAUAGUUUCUAUCAACAUCACCGUUACCAUGCCUCAACAUCACCGUUACCAUGCCACUACUAAACUACUCCCGGACCAACCAACCAUUCAUUAUGCUGAACAAUCACCAUCUUCAUCAUCACCACUACCAACCUCGUUGCUAUAUCUAUAUGCUAACACACUGAGUUCGAAUUCCACCGAGGUCGACUUUGCCUCUCAUCCUUUUGGAGUCAAUAAAACAAGUACCACUGGGGCUGAUGUCAUCACCUAGCCCUGUCCCACAAAAUUUCAUGCCUUGUGCCUCUAAUAGAAAGAAAUGUUACUGUCAACACAAACCAAUAAGAGACCCUCUACACAGUCACUCAAUCUGCUAGAAAUAGCAACCAAAUCACCUUUAAAUGACAAGGUUCUAGAUCAGUAGUUCUCAAUCAUUUUUACUUGUGAACCUCAUUGAUUACUAUUUUAUUCUGGUGAACCCCCAUAGCCAUUCUAUUUUUUAAAAACUAGUUUCACAGAGGCUUCUUUCAAAACUCCUAUUUUCUUCAUCACACAUUCGCUUGUGUAGUUUGAACUAUGUAAAAUGUCAGAGAAAGAAACGUAGCUGUUUGUUGCAAUUAAUACAUCUACAGCAAAACUUUUUUUUUUUAAAUAGAUUCUCUAAAUACUAUUGUGGCUCCCAAAUUUACUAUUUUGCUUAUAUAGACCCAAAAAAAUCUUAUACAGAUUUUCAGGGGCCACAUGGUCUCUGGUUGAGAAUCACUGUUCUGGAUAAGAUGAAACAAUGAGAUGUUCACAAAUUGAAUGUGUUUGACCAUAGAUUUAUUUAAUCAAGGAUGACCUGGGAACAAACAACAGCAAUUACAACUACUGCCAAAAAAAUUAUGACUGCAAUUACCACCACGAUUUCAUUUUCUACUUUCACUAUCACUUCACAAAUUGUACCACCAGCAACAACCAGUAUUUCCUUUACAACAAUAUCAACCACUACUAACAGCUGUAUCCAGUACUACAUCCAACAUCCUUACAAUAUGAAGUUCACCACUGUCAUCAUAAUCACUACCUCCUCUACCAUCCAACACUUGAAUAUUUUCAGUUACUUUCUCCAUUUAUUAGGUUAAUCUGGCCAACCUAUUAAUUAUUUAUUAUUACUUUAAGCCAUCCAAUCACUUAAUCAUUUUAAGCUCAUGGAUGAAGGUUUAAAAUAAAAAACAAUUUUCAUUUUAA